UACAGGAGAUGACCAGAGACUGCGGACACAGUACAGGAGAUGACCAGAGACUGCGGACACAGUACAGGAGAUGACCAGAGGACUGCGACACACACAGUACAGGAGAUGACCAGAGACUGCGGACACAGUACAGGAGAUGACCAGAGACUGCGGACACAGUACAGGAGAUGACCAGAGACUGCGGACACAGUACAGGAGAUGACCAGAGACUGCGGACACAGUACAGGAGAUGACCAGAGACUGCGGACACAGCUCAGGAGAUGACCAGAGACUGCGGACCUUUGGGGAUGUUCUGGGACACGUGACAGGUUCCAG